UUUUGCAAGUAUGUACACCGUACAAUCGCCGGUAAUGAGUGUAGUAGAUUAUGUAUGUAUAGAUGUAUGGGUAACAUACAGUACAAACAGCUUCAGUGCUCACCAGCGGGUUGUGGAUUGAGCUUUCUUUUUUUCUCUUCUGGGUCUGUCUGUCUGUGACAGUUUCGGGAUCGGAGGGACGAAACACACAGGCUGGAAGAUGGAUGAAGCCGUCAAGCCAAGAUCUCUCCCAGGAGUUCGCUUGGGCUGGGCUCCAUCAAGAACCAAACUGUGUGCAGGUGUUAGCGGCUCCGUCGCAUUGCUGCUGGUGGGGACUGGACCCUCUCUUUCUUGCUUUUCUCAUCAUGAUUCAACGCUGCACCCACCAGUAGUACAGUCAGUACUCCUCCGUAGCUGGCGUGAGCCCCUAUCUGCAUCAGAACAGCAGCAUCUAGAUGCAACCUUCGGCUUGGCGUAGAAUUAGCUAGUCUGCACCUAAUGACUCGGUCAUUGGUAACUACCCCGUCGAGAAAGAACGAAU